GUGCGACUUUCUGAAAUGGCAAAACCUCUAGAUCACAUAAAGAGACCCAUGAAUGCUUUCAUGGUGUGGUCCAGGGGCCAGAGGCGAAAGAUGGCACAGGAAAACCCAAAGAUGCACAACUCUGAGAUCAGCAAGAGACUCGGUGCUGAGUGGAAGCUGCUGUCUGACUCUGAAAAACGUCCAUACAUAGAUGAAGCCAAGAGACUUCGGGCUCAACACAUGAAGGAGCAUCCGGACUAUAAAUACAGACCAAGGCGCAAACCCAAGAGCCUCCUCAAGAGAGACCGCUUCCUCUUCCCUCUGCCGUCUUUACUCGGGGACGCAGCGGAACACCUGAAGGGAUUUUCCAUGGACCAUUUUCUCGUCCCUGGGGAAAAAGCCAGAGCUCUCCUCGCCCCCUCCUCUUCCUCCUCUUCGUCCUUCUCUCUGCUGGAGCCGAUGGGACAGUUCAGCACCGGAGCUGUCCAGAGGAUGGCCGACAUCCCGCACACUCUGGCCGCCGGCGCGUUGCCCUACAGCGCGCACACCUUUGGAUACCAAACCGGGGGGAUCGGGAGUCUGACGUGUCCCGGACAGCACACCCACACCCACCCUUCGCCCUCCAGCCCCGGGUAUGUGGUGCCAUGUAACUGUAGCGCCUGGUCUGCGGCCAGUUUACAGCCUCAGGUGGCCUAUAUCCUCUUCCCUGGAGGGAUGACCAAGAGCGGCAUGGACGCGUACGCAUCACCCAGCUCCAGUGUGUGA